AUCUGGAUGGUUUUAUCUGGCCUGAGUUACACAUGUUCACCUCCACACUCGUGGUCUGUGCUGACUCAUGUUUCUGUCGGCCGUCGGCCUGUGAGAGGUUUUUCUUCAUGUUCAUAUAAAGAACUGAUUCUUAGAAGGGAACAAACUGAUUCAGUGACAACAGGAAAUGUUAGGCUUGUCUUUCCUCGUCCCCUGUUCCUCCUACGCCCUGGCUCUUUCUCUGUGGUAAACUGAUCUUUUCCAUCCUCGCUAAAGGUCAGAGGUCAGGGCGAAUUUGUAAUUGUGUGUGUAACUUAUGAAUAUUUGAAAGAGACAAGCAAACUGGCUGAUGGAUUUCUCAGUGUGUGCUCUGUAUGAAUCAUUAAGAAGUUCAGUUAUUGAAGAAAUCGAUUUAUUAUUGAUAAGCUUAUCAAAGCCAAUAAUGACGGCUGAUUGCAUUAUUGAUUAGAGCAGAUUAUGCAGCUGAAUUUCCACAACACUAUUAUAAGAUUAUGUGGGUGUGACACACAUUUUUCCGCUCUGGCUCCACCUGCGUGUGCAGAUGUGCAGAGUAAGCACGGUGAGGUUUUUGUGUGUUGUUUUUUUCGUAGAUGUCGUGGCGUUCCUCUUUCCGCUGCUCCAAGUUUCGUCACGUCAUCGGAAAACCAGCCACCAAGGAGCACAGCUACGACGGGGUGCCAAUCACGCUCAGCGUCCAUGACAAUCACUACUGCUCAGCCAAUCCCUGCUUCAUCGCCGUGGUGACCGAGUGCGCCGGGGGCGGGGCCUUUUUGGUCCUGCCCAUCCAUCAUACAGGGAGGGUGGACCCUCAGCACCCCAGGGUGUGUGGUCACAGAGGGAGAGUCCUGGACGUGAAGUGGAACCCGUUUGACGAUCACUGCGUCGCCUCGUGCUCAGAGGACUGCACUGUGAAGAUCUGGGACAUCCCCGUCUGUGGCGUCCAACAGAACCUAACCAAGGCCAGGAAGACUCUGAUUGGUCACUCCAGGAGGGUGGGGCUUAUCGAGUGGCAUCCAACAGCGGAAAACCUGCUGCUCAGCUCCGCCUAUGACUACAAGGUCCUCCUCUGGGAUGUGUCCCAGGUAGGUGCAGUGAUCAGGUGCCCCGCCCGGGUGGUUCUGAUGCCCGUCCACCACCGCUACCCGUCCGAGGCCCUGCUGCUUUCCGUCAGCUUCAACACAGAUGGCAGCAGGCUGGCGGUCUCGUCCAAAGACAGACGAGUCCGAGUCCUGGACCCACGGACAGGAAAGAUUUUACAGGUGUCGAGCAGUAAGUCCCACAGGGCCAGUAAGGUUUUGUACAUCGGAGGGUUGAAGAUGCUUCUGUCCACAGGCAGCUCCCCCUGGAACCACAGACAGAUCGUCCUCUGGGACCCUGACGACUUAUCUGAGCCUCUGUACGAAGAAGACCUGGACGGAUCUGCAGGGGUCCUGUUCCCGUUCUACGACCCCGACACACACAUGCUGUACCUUGCUGGGAAGGGUGACGGAAACAUCCGGUACUAUGAGCUGAGCGCUGAGAAACCUUACAUUAGCUUCCUGACAGAGUUCAGGUCCCUGCUGCCACAGAAAGGACUGGGAGUGAUGCCAAAGCGCGGUUUGGACGUGAGCGCCUGCGAGGUUUUCCGGUUUUAUCGUCUGAUCGCUGUCAAAGACCUGGUGGAACCACUGUCCAUGAUCGUACCACGAAAACAGUCGGGUAUUUUCCAAGAGGAUCUGUAUCCGAUGACAGCUGGAAACCAGGCGGCCAUGACGGCUCAGGAGUGGCUGUCAGGGAUCAACAGGGACCCGGUGCUGAUGUCUCUGAAGCCUGAGACUCGAGUGGCCAACCCUUACCCAGAAACCCCAGCAGAGAAGGGGCUGGUGAGGCAGCUGAGCGACCUCAGGUUCCAGAUGGGCCCAGAUGUUGGAGCUGUGACUGGGACUAACCUGGACUUUAUGGAAGAGACCUGGCUUCCUCUGCCUCACUACCUGCGUUUAAACCUGCUCGUCAUUUCUCUCGAGGCCUUCCUCGAGGAGCAGCUGGCCUACCAGGACGCCAAAUACCCCCGAGAUCUGAGCGACCUGUCAGGGUGGCAGCCAGACGAGACCCAGAUCCCGCUGUGGAUGUACUGCUGCACCCCACACUGCUGCGAACCCGCAGAGAGACCGCCACCCACCACUGAACACGAGCUCCUGCAAGCGUUCUACAGACAGCAAGACGAGAUCAGAGGCCUGAAGGAGCAACUAAACCAGAAAGAUGUGAGGAUCGCUCACCUGGAGCUGGAGAUUAAAAACACCAGAAACAACAUGAGGGCGACCUUCUGACUCUACGGACCGAGCCCGCCAAUCAAAACGCUCAACGUCUGCAACCGACAAAACACACAAACUGACAUGUUUACAUGGAUCCUGGAUCAAUGAUCAGAAACAGUUCAUCAAUACAGGAUGAACGCCUGCUGAACACCUGUGUGUAC